UCUACUGUGACCUGCCUGCUGUUGUAGGCUAGCUUCACACACAGCAGCAGCAGCAGCCGAGCCGGGCAGUGAACACAUGCCAGUGAACCGAAUAACAUAACACUGGCGCUGAGAGAGGAGGCAUAACCAGUAUGUCUCGCCACAGAAAUGUUCGAGGUUACAACUACGAUGAAGACUUUGAUGAUGAUGACAUGUAUGGACACUCUGUGGAGGAUGACUGCUGUAUUUCACCAGCAACAGCAAAUCAGUUCAUCUACUCACGUCAAGAAAGACAGGCACCAAGGGAAGAACCUCUAGAAGAGGAAGAGUAUGAAGAUGAGGCUGUCCCUAUGUCUCCUACUGUCCACCACAACCUUAACCCUCUCGAUCAAGCCAAGCUGUAUUCCUGUCUGGACCAAAUGCGGACUGUGUUGGGAGAUGCAGUGCCCGACUCGGUCCUGAACCAGGCAGCCAUAAAAUAUGGAUUUGACCCACAGAGGGCACUGGAUGCAGUACUGUCUGAAGAUGCUAAAAUUGCCCCGGUUAUCAGAAGUACAAUUGAAGAGAUUGGUGCAGUAGAGAAAGUUAGCCAGGAGAAAGCGCCGCUACCGCAAAGAACCAAACAAGAGGCUGUGGCUGACAAAGGAGCCGUCUUGUCUGCUUCUCACACAGUCAUGACAUCCAAGGCACAUAAAUCCAACACAGAUGGGCACAAACAUGCACAUCCACAUGUACCUACACCAAGAGCACCCAGCUUGUGUGUCCUCUUAUCCCAACCAAAGGCUGUCAGCUGUGAAAAGCAGAAUUUUAGCCUUAAAAACAUUAGCCCAGGCGUUAGCAGUGACAGUAGUCUGGCACAUCUAAUUUCUGAGUGUGAGCAAAAGAGUAAGGGGACAGGAGUAGCUGACACACGGCAAGGUUUGGAUGUUUCCUCAUUCAACAAAGGACUAAAUUCAGCAGCAUCCAUUAUGUCUAAUCAGAGUAGUCUUUCACUGGGAAUGUUGGCAUCAUUAAAUACAUUAUCACACACCUCACCUCCCUCCAUCCUUUCACAUUCACUCAGUAAUCUUUCACUAAACAACCCCAAUAUAACAACUGCAGGCUCUUCUCUGGCUGCUCCUCCUGGCUUUGGGAGUCUUGGCCCUUCCUUGCAGAAAAAUCAGCAGUCAGUGUCUGUUGGGCCUGGAGGCAAAACCAUGCCGGGUGGUUCUAAGGGCAGCCCGUCACUGGCUGAUUUAAUCCAGGAGCACUCAAAUCGAAACCCAGCUCUCAGUAACCUUCUCCUUACUCCUCAAAGCAGCUUACCUUCUGUGACGUUUCAGGGAAUGGCUGCACCAACUCAAACACUCUCACUGUCUGAGCUUGCUUCUCAGCACCAAAACAGAAGGAUUUCCCCUCAAUCACAAAGCACUGAAAGACUAGCGAACACUCUCACCUCAUCUAAAAUAACUAGCAACACUUCCCCAUGUCUGGCUGGAAUGGUCUCAUUGUCCCAGCUCGCCUUGCAGCAUUACAACAACAGUUCUUUAUCUUCCCCCCAACCUUUCACUUCUGAAUCUCCAGAAAAUGCUCUGAAACACCCACCUGGUCUUUCUGAGCAGCUGUCUUUGUCACAUUUGGCAUCUGAACACAAAAGCAAAACCUCAGCCACCUCAAAUGGGUCACAGUAUUCCCUCACGUCGCUCCUUUCACCAGCAAAACCAGAGAAGACUGGCAUGUCAGAAGAAAGUGUUAAAGAGGGUGGAUCUAAGUGUGAACUCCACCACAGACCAUACCACCAAAUCUCCAGACCACCUAAGCCGGGUCAGACUAUUGAUUUGACCUCACUGAUGGCCCAGUCACAUGGAGCAGGCCUCCAUCAGCUUGAAAGUGGCCUUCCAUCACCCACAUCUUCAACUGCUUUUCCACUGGGGUUGGAUGUUUCUGUUUUUGCAAAACCUUCAGUAUUUGCAAUUACGCUGUCUGUUCAGACUAGCAGACGACAGAAGAGGAUGAAAAAUAAACUGAAGGGAAAAAUAAAAGGUCAGAGGACAGGAAGCUACCGGGCCGAAGAACAGCUUCCUCCACUUACGCCAAUUGUACCUUUCCGCUUUGAUACCCCCUCUCCUGACGACAUUGUCCGUGCUAAUCAGCGGAAAGCUUUCACAAGGUAGCCACAAGGAAAGCACUUAAUUCAGUUGCACCUAGGUUGGUGCUAACUUGGCUUGCUUUGAAUGAAAACCUCACAUCUUUCUGGGCCCCUUUUGCUCCUCCAACUGAACUAAACCCAGAAAUGCAGCACUCAGGAUUGCAAGUCUGCACUCAUUCAGGGGGAGUAAAGGAACUUUUGGGACCAAAAGAAUGACACGCUUGCUCUAAUCACUGGUAAAAAAACAAAAAUAAUAUAAAUAACAUUAUUCAAACAUUUAUGUAUUUUUUUAAGUUGAGGAACACAAGUUAAACAUACAGAACAAAGAUUAAGUGAAAUAGUAUAAGAAAUGAACUCAGUCAUUAUGGCAGCUUAAUAAUCCUAACUAAGCAAACUUUCAAAGAACAAUUCAGUAUUUUAGGAACUUUUAGAAAGCUUUUGUUAUUACUGUAAUGAAUGUUCCCUCCUUCAUUUUAAAAUGUAGUCUUAUUUUUGUAUGCUUUGACAGCCAAUGGCUUUUUAAAUUUUUUUUACGAUCAUAGCAAAGAGAAAAUUCAAGUAUAACUCUGGGUGUGACUUUUUUUAGUCUGAGCUGCAUGAACCCUCAAAAGACAAAAAAGAGGUUGGCUUUGUUUGCAGGUGUGCUGCAGCUAUUGGAAUAUGGAUCAGUUAACCAUUGUACUGGUUUACUGCUGCCUGUGUUUGAGAUCAUGGGUUUGACUUUUUGGUUUAGAGGACACCUGGAGAUUUUCCCAUGAGGGAAGAGGAACGUACACGCACAUGGGCACAGACACACAAACAUGUUCAUUUACAGACAAGUGAAAUCUUUUAACUGUUAAAUAUUAAAAAACUCUGUUUAUUUUAGUGAAAGCACUAUGAAUAAUAGGUUUACUGAAUUAGUCAAAGUGAAUAACUUCAAUUUUCUAGCAAAUGAUUUUAAUUUUAUGUUGUACACAUGGAUUUAAUUUACACUGGGUGUGUCUUCACACACUGCCAGAGGUUAAUUUGUCUGUUUAGAAAUAAAGAUGACAAAAUUUAAGUAAUCUAAAUACACUUCUGUCUAGGCUUGUCCUUCAGUUUUUGUGAAUGUAUGUGUAUUUAAACAUAUUUUUCGGCUUGUUGUAUUGAACUAAUCCUAUGUAAUCAAUUAAAAGCGCCCUAUUCUAAUGUAUAAUUAAAGCACCAGUACCAGUACUCAAGGGUGAACAGUUGGCCACAAUAUUAUUUAUGGGUUAAGCAGAGCAUUUGUCUACUUUUAAAGGGAAAUGUUUUAGAAUGAAAACAUUAUCUGUAGUAAUGUAUCCAUUUUUAAAGGGUUAUGCUAAAAUGUCUCAAGUCAUAUUUGAAUUUUACUCUUAUUUGCUACUUCAGUGUUGUUUUAAGUGAGGGAAUUCAUGUUGGGAGAAGAGGGGUCAAUUUCAUGCAGGUGCAGAGAGUAAAUUAGACCCCCAGGGUGUCAGCCAGAAAGGAGAGCCUGAGGGAGAUGAUAAGGACAGUUAGUGUUAACAGUAGCAAGA